CGUAUUCAUAACAAAACUAAGUUUUGUAUGCAUUCGGAUCUUGCUGUAAUAGGAACUUAAUGUUACCGGAUGGAAAGGGAAAGUAUUAUAACGACCACCGACAAUGAUGUGUUGAUGAAUGAAAUUAGGAAUUGCGAAAAUAUUUCACAAGACGAAGAGAUACUGAGAGAAUGCGUCUUAAAGGCUGUAAAUAACAACGACGUGGAAUCCGUGAGGAAAUUAUUGGAAAAUAAAAUUUCCAGUGCAAUUUGGCGAUAUGAAAGUAAGAAAUCUAUUUUUCUUGAAAGCAUCAAACAUUGCAAUGAAGAAAUGUGGGAAAUUCUUCUUAAGCACGGUGCUAACAUUGAUCAACGUGACGAGUAUAACGUUACCGCGCUACACCUGGCUUCACAAAAAGGAAACACACAAACAGUGAAAUUUCUUCUUCGCCAUAAAUGCAGUAUAGAUAUUGCAGAUUUACACCAUCAGCAAACUGCUUUACAUUACGCCACGACUACCAACGGUUGCACAGAAACAAUUAAGCUACUGCUUGAUAAAGGUUGUGAUGUAUCUAAAGCAGACAACAGAGGAUUGUCCCCACUAAUGUUUGCUAUCAGAAUAAAAGCUUGUAAUGCAGUCGAUGCUUUCUUGAGCCACCACCGAUGGUGGGAGUCGAUGUGUCAAAGCACGUUUGACAUGAAAACAAACCGGAUGAUCACACCGUUUCGUGAAAUGAUUCGAUGGAUGCCUCACAAAGCAAAGGAAGUCAUGGAUCGGUGUGUGUCUGUUCAAAAAUGCUCUGACGCGGAUGAUCCAAAAUUUACUGUCAAGUACAAACUUAUACUUGUGGAUGAUACAUAUCUAUCCGAACAUUGGAAACUAGAGGGGCGUGAAACAAACGAAGACGUGGUAGUAAAUGCAAACAACGUUACUCCAGCAGAUUCACACUUGCAGUGUGGGGAUUGUUACGACUGCGGUAAAGAUAGCUGCUUGUUAAAAAAGGAUGCGACACCAUAUACAAGCGAUAACUAUAUAUUGCGGGAAAACCACGUGAUCAAUCUAAUAAGAAAGAGUGGCAGACCGGAGUUGAUAAUGCAUCCUUUAACUGUAGCGGCAGUACAAUAUAAAUGGAAGUUAUUUUUCAAAGUGGUUGGACUACCGUUUACAUGUAUCUACUUUUUAUUCUUGACUUUACUGAACAUGUUUAUAAUUGGUCAAGUGUAUUAUGAAGAAAGGCCUCAAGUUAUUUAUCACCAGUGGCAGAGCAAUGUCGCAACAGUUCUACUUGUUCUUGCAUCCGGGAUGUUGCUAUAUGUGAUUCGACGAAUCUUUACAAUGAGAUUAGAGUUUAUAACUCAUGGCGAAAACUACAUUACAGUAGCGAUGGUUAGUUUAGCUUUUUAUGUUAUAAUAACAUGGAUGAUGGUCGAGAAGAUGGAAGUUUAGUAGAGGGUUGGUACGAGUCUGCUGCAUUCUUGAUAUUUUUUGCUUGGAUAAAGGUGUAGGCUUUGCUUCAGCAUGUACCGGUGUACGGAGUNUAUAUUCUUGUUUACAGAAAAGUUUUGCAGUCCGUCUUUAAAGCCUUUUUGAUGUUUAUGCCUCUACUUAUGGCUUUCACUUUAAGCUUUCACGUUUUGAUGAGAAACAAGAAUAUAUUUCAUUUUGGAACAAACUUUGCCUUAAUCUUGUCCAUGUUGUCUGGCGAAGUCGAAUACAGCGACACCGUGUCCAUUCACGUUAGUUCGGUAUGAUAUUCACGUUAAGUAUAACCCCAAUGAACAAUAUAUGGUACUGUGGGGUAAGAAAAAUGCAACUUACGAAGACCGAAUACUGUAUCCGACUUCCACCAACAUAUUAUAUGCAGUAUUCAUCCUGAUGAUGGUGGUAUGUUAUGUCAAUAUGUUGGUUGGUUUGGCAGUUUCGGAUGUGGAUGGUUUAAUUAAAGCUGCCAGAGUGGAAAACCUUCGUUUACGACUGCAACUGACUGUAAACUGUGAAUUCACCGUUUUUAAAAGAUUUUUAAAAAAUCAUGGGUGUGUUACUGUUUACCCAAACCGACACAUUUCUGCACGAGUUAUCAGAAAAUCCGUCAAGAAGCAUGGAGUCUUAGGAACCAUAAACGUUAUCGUCGAUUAUUUACUGGACCGCUGGUCGCGUGAAUAUACAACAACAACUUUGCUUUCUGCAAUAAAUGGAAACGUCGCCGAAAAUGAAAGCAAAACGUAAUUCACACCAAAACUACAAGAUUUAUGAAAAUUUGUGAGACACGAAAAAACUACAUUGAAGCAUGCUUACAGUUUACUAGUGUUCUUGGCUAUUACAUGAAAAACCACAAUCAAAUAUAAUAUAUUUUAUGCAGGUUUUUGAAAAGCCUUGCAAAUUGAAACAUUAUUGUAUUUGAGUAUUUUAGUUGUCAGAUUAAAGAUUUUGAGCAUUCGAUUUUUUCACUGUGUUAAUUUAAAAAAAAGUGUAUUAAGUAUCUGCCGCAUCCCCCCAUAAUCUGGUCGGCAUUGGCCUACUGCACUUUCCGGAUAGGGAUACAUAAAUUCCCUACACAAAUACACAGACCGCUUUCCGUGCACUAUAA